AUGCACGCCACCGGCGAUGUAGCUGGUCAACAUGUCGCGAUAUCGUAUACCUGGCAGUCUACAAAGCAGAAUAAGAUUAUUUUAGUGGACGGAGUACCAACUACGGUGGGCUACAAUUGCUGGCUUGCAUUGUGGCAGAUGCGUUUGCACAACGUUUGCCAAUGGUACUGGAUUGACUCUAUUUGCAUCAAGCACAGCAGUCAUGACGAGAAGGUGCUUCAAGUCGGUAUGAUGAAUAUCGUCUACGCACAAGCUAGGAAGGUUGCGAUAUGCUUAGGUGAUUCAGAUUCAGAUUUACUACAGCCCGGGUUUGACAGAAAGAGUCCAGACAGUAUACUCGACCUUUUAUGCAAUGUGGCAGGCCGAACAUACUUCCGGCGAUUAUGGACAGUCCAGGAGUUUCUGCUCGCAAAGUCGUUGCAGGUCUUUUGUGGUGACAGCACUGUUAAGUGGCAUAGUCUCAUCAACGCCGUGCAGCUCCAGUGUAAGGCGAUCGGCGACUUAUCAAAGGAUGUCCGAGCUCUGCUCGACUUCUCCAAUGACUAUACUCGCGCCUCCAAAGUCUUGACAGCCGCACAAACGACGUUGCGCCGUUUGACUCAGGAUCGGCGGGUGUUUAGCAUCGCAGAUGCUAUCUUGCGUUACGCAGAUUGGCAAUGCACAUUUGUACAGGAUAAAAUUUACGGGCUCUUGUCUCUAGUACCGAUCGAGGCAAGGGUCAGGAUUCCGGUCGACUACAUGAAGCCUUUAUUGCAGGUCCUUACAGACUACGUCAGCGUCUACAGCCGCCUUCUCGAAGACUUCGACAAAGAUGAGUACCACCAAUCUGCGCAGUCUGAUCCCUCUGUGGCUACAGUCGAUCUUACGAAAAUGGGGAAUAGCAUCCGCACACCCGUGGCUGCUUUCCUCAAUCAGCGUCACUAUCGUGCGCAUGAUAGUGACUUCCUACCGGGGUCUCACUCGGGCAUUAUGAGACAAGAUAUCGCGUCGGUGAUCACAAGUCGCUCCAGCCAUUUUGACCCACGCCAGGUACUGGUUGGAAUAUCCUCUUUCGCAUGCCACGAGGUAUGCUCUAAUAACGGCGGCAGGAUUUAUGCUAGCAGCCAAGAUUACAUCAACGGCGGCGACAGCCAGUCCUUUGUCGACAAGGCAGAGUAUCCGUACUGCCGUUGCUGCAAGCAACCAGGCAUCACAGACGGCACGGUCUUUUCUUCUAAUGAUGAGUUUGUUGCCGACAUCAACACCACUGCACCCGAGCACAGUGGGCCAGUCUGCAUCACCACGGACAAGGAAACUAGGACAUUGAAGCAGGUGUUUGCAUCACCGCGAGGGACUCAAGACGGCGAUGUCCUCGUACGGUGCAGCGCUCAGCAAGGGUUGAUAUCGCCCGACGACGAACCACUCUUGGCCUGCCUAUGUGACCCGCGGGGCGAGAAAGGAUCGUGUACGUGUGUCGACCUGUUGAUAGCGGAACGUCCACGCACCGAGUCUUAG